AUAUUGCAUUUAGUCCUUCAUUCAGAUUACAUUAACAAAUUCAAAUAAUCAUAAAAAAUAAAAUGGCAUUCAAUAACCUUCUCUUCCUCAUUGCUUUUGUUCUUUUUCUUAGCAAAUCAAAUAUUGUGACUUGCACAAAAAGUGUUGAAGUUGAACCUAUUCUUGACAUUUCUUCAUUGAAUCGGAAUAGUUUCCCUCAAGGCUUUAUCUUUGGGGCUGGUUCAUCUUCCUACCAGUUCGAAGGUGCAGCAACAGAAGGUGGUAGAACACCAAGUAUAUGGGACACCUUUACUCAUAGAUAUCCUGAAAAGAUCAAGGAUGGAAGCAAUGGAGAUGUAGCCAUUGACACAUAUCACCAAUACAAGGAAGAUGUUAAGAUCAUGAAAGAUAUGAACUUAGAUUCAUACAGAUUCUCCAUAUCCUGGUCUAGAAUAUUGCCAAAUGGAAAGCUUAGUGGUGGUGUCAAUCAAGAAGGAAUCAACUAUUACAAUAAUCUCAUCAAUGAGUUACUAGCUAAUGGUAUACAACCAUUAGUGACUCUUUUCCAUUGGGAUCUUCCUCAAACUUUAGAAGAAGAGUAUGGUGGCUUCUUAAGUCCUCUUAUAGUAAAAGAUUUUCAAGACUAUGCGGAACUUUGUUUCAAGGAAUUUGGUGAUAGAGUCAAGUAUUGGGUUACUUUGAACGAGCCAUGGAGCUAUAGCCAAAAUGGCUAUGCAAAUGGGCGAAUGGCACCGGGUCGUUGCUCCAGUUGGUUGAAUCCAAAUUGUACUGGCGGUGAUUCUGCGAUCGAGCCCUAUUUGGUAACACAUUACCAACUUCUUGCACAUGCCGCAGCCGUUGAUGUGUACAAGAAAAAGUAUAAAGAAUCUCAAAAGGGUGUAAUAGGCAUAACCUUAGUAACGAAUUGGUAUCUUCCACUCUCAGAUUCCAAAUCCGACCAAAAAGCAGCAGAAAGAGCAAUUGAUUUUAUGUAUGGAUGGUUUAUGGAUCCACUAACAUCAGGAGAUUAUCCCAAAAGCAUGAGAGCCCUCGUUGGUUCUAGGUUACCAAAAUUCAAUACAAUGCAAACUAAACUACUCAUUGGCUCAUUUGAUUUUAUUGGUCUAAACUAUUACUCUUCAACAUAUGCCUCUGAUGCACCAUUGUUAAGCAAUGCUAGACCUAGUUACUUAACAGAUUCUUUGGUUAAUCCAGCAUUUGAGCGCAACGGGAAACCUAUUGGUAUUAAGAUUGCUUCGGAAUGGUUGUACGUUUAUCCAAGAGGAAUUCGUGAUCUUUUGUUAUACACCAAAGAAAAGUACAAUAAUCCUUCUAUUUACAUCACAGAAAAUGGUAUAAAUGAAUACGAGGAUUCUACAUUAUCGGUUGAGGAAUCACUCUUGGAUACUUUUCGAAUUGAUUACCAUUACCGUCAUCUAUUUUAUCUUCGAUCUGCCAUUAGGGAAGGUGCGAAUGUCAAGGGUUAUUACGUAUGGUCAUUGUUCGACAAUUUUGAAUGGUCAUCCGGUUAUAGCGUCAGAUUUGGAAUGACCUUUGUUGAUUAUAAGAAUGGCUUGAAAAGAUACCAGAAGUUGUCUGCAUUGUGGUUUAAGAAUUUUCUCAAAAAAGAAACUAAGCUUAUGUUUCUAAUGAGAAAGGUUAUGAGAUUCAUUCAUUAAACAAUUAUAUAUAUAUAUUUGUAAAUAUUAUUUUAUUAUUUAAAUUUUUUUAUUUGUUCCAAUGAGGUCCUAUUUGACCAAAAAGGAAUUGAAAAUGGAUACAUAGAUGUAUUAAUUUUAUUUGUGAAUAUUAUUGAUCAUAUUGAAGAAUGAA